AUGGUGGAGCAAGAAAAGCAAGAAGACAUAGAUGUUGAUGGGCCAUCGAUAGCUUCUGUUCAAUUGAAUGAUAAAUUUGUACACACACAAUAUAAUGAAUAUAGAAACAUUAGUAAUAAUAACUUAGCGGAAGCAGAUACACAAGCAAGUAUGAGCGAGAAGGAGAAUGAUGAUAAAAUUAUGACGAAGGAUGAAAAUAUUGUGGUAGACAACGCUAUGACGGGUAUAAGCAAAGAUAUUGACGAGCAAAUGUCAAAGUUAGAAAUAAAGGAUACAACGGGAACCACAGAUAUGUCAACACGGUCACAGCGAGUAGAUGCUGAUGGUUCGAUCGAGGGUAGUACUGAAGCUGAACAGGUUGCUGACAACGAAUCAGUGAUCUCUGAGGAAGAGGAGGUUGUUACAGAUAACUCACAGAGUAUGGAUGAGAAUGAUGAGGUUGUAGAUAGCGAAGUAGAAAGCGUAGAGGACUCCAAUAGUGAGUACGAGAGUGAGAGUGACUAUGAAAGUGGCAGUGGCAGUGGGUCGAACGUUGAAGGAGAUUCAGAUGUGGAUUCGGAAUCCGAUGUUAGUGACUCAGUGCCACGGAGACGCCGGCGUGUACGCGAAAGCCUGAACGAAAGCGAUGUCGAGAGUGAAGGCGAAGAUGGUGAAGCGGAGGUACUCAGUGAUAGUGACCAAGAACAAGAACAAGAAUCCGAAGCAGAAAGCGUGUAUAGUGAUGACAGUCGAAGUGUGAAAGAACCCGAAAAGUCCCGAAAAACGCGAGCACACAAGUCUAAGGCCGAUCCGAGAGGGUGGUACGAUGAAAAGAAUGAAGGGGAAAGUGAGGGGGGGUCAGUGGGGGACAGUGAUAUCGAGAGAGAGGACCGCACUGAUGAAGGUAAGAGCGGUGACGCUGAAGACGACGAGAAGAAAGAGGGCGAUGAGGAGGAGGAGGAGGAGGCCAAACCAUUUGAUAUACCCCGUGCCGGGAAGUUCUAUCACCACGACGACCGAUCAGCUGGUGGCGGUCGAGGAGGUGGUCCCGGACGCAGGAGAAGGCAACUGUGGGACGAAGAUGACGCGCAUAGAGCAGAAAAAUGGUCGCAUGAUAUGUUCGAGGAGCACGAGCGCACCAUGCCACCUAGACGAAACCGUAUGCAUGAAUAUAACGGUAGUAAUCAUGGUAGAUCAAGACAAACACACGGCAAUGGCUAUGAUGGUAAGUACAAGAAUGGAGAUCGGGAGGAGAGACACGGAAAUAAUCAGCGGGAGUCCAGGAAUAGUAGGGGUAGAGGCGGAGGCGGUCGAGGUGGUAAUAGUUCAGGCAACAAUAGGAACAACAACGCUACUGACACUACAAACCUUGACGGCGACGGUGAGUUCCCGCCUCUUGCGGAACCAAAGCAAGCACAGUGUAUCAUAGACGCGCUGCAAGACAACGUACAACCCGAGCGAACACACACUAAGAGGAAUAACGUGGAGAGCUGGCACAGUGUCAUGGUACCGGCAAACAGCACGCAGAGGCUUACAACUUUCAGUGGAUUUGGCGGUAGUAUGGUGAGUGACAAAGGCAGCGGCAAGAAGCCUCUACUAGUCCACGCCAAGGAAUAUAUAGAGGACGAUGAAGAACCGAGUGGCUGGAAACCUCAGAGAUAUUCUGAGGCGCGACCCGGUCUACAAGACAAAAUCAAGAACAAGAAUGCGAAAGCUGGACCCCUUUUACCAACGAAAGGGGCUACCGCACUGCCACAACAACAACCGCAAACAGAAGAACCGCAGUCCAAUGCUUCAGCAAAAAUACCGCAACAACAACAAACUCCACAACAGCAGGUGCAAUCGCCUUCAUCCCCGCUGCGAAGUCAUGAGCAGGAUAAACAGAGCGCACACGAAGCACCGCUGACACAGCCGUCAGUGGCGGACAAAAAGCUAACGCAGAAGCAGAAAAAACAGCAGAAGAACAGGGAGAAGAAGGAGCGUCUCAGAGAGGAGAAGAGACUACAAAAACAGUUGCAAGAGGCGACGAACUUGCCCGAGAAUUGGGGUGAUUCUGUCGGUAUUGGGAUGCCACCACCACAACAGAAUGCCAAUGAUUUAGGCUCACAGGUUAAUGCUAAGAAGGCACAGAGAAAAGAGGCGCAACAACAACAAAGGCUAAAGAACCAGAACCAGACUUCUCCUCAGCCAGACAUCGACCUGCAACAACAGCAGACUAUACAACUACUUCAGUUGCAAUUGCAACUGGAGCAGCAACAGCAGCAACAGCAGAGACGGUUCCAGAUCACCCAGCAAGGUUUGGUACAGCAAAUGGCUCAGCAGCAACAACUCCUGCUCUCGCAGCAGGCCAGGGCGGGCGAUGGAAACAGCGCCAUGGCCAGUAGUAAUACUAGCAAUUCUCACAACGGCGGCAACGGUCCACCUCCCAUUAGGUCCAUGCUGAAUGCUAAUGCUACGGAGUACGGGAGCGGGUUUAAUUCGAAUAAGUUCUUCACCGCAGGCAGGUUCAACGAUCGACCUAGCCCACUCCCGACGAACCAAUACAUGCCGUAUUCGCCUGCUGAUAUGAACACCAUGCCAUGGGCACAGUCUAAUGAUCUGGAUUUGUCGGCGGCCCAGUUCAUGUAUGCCAUGCAGCAGAGUGGUAUGAACAACUACCUCCCGCCUUCCUCGGACAAUAUGAAUGGCUUCAAUCCGUUAUCUAUGGCACAAUACGGAUCGAUGGGACCGUACAGCGCAAUAUCCGGGGGUUCUGGCGGCGUAGGCAUUGCCAGUGACUUAGGUCCACCCUCGUCUGACACUUUUGCGCCUAAUAGUAAUAAUCAGAAUCAGUUUGUACCGAACUUUGCGAUGCCAUUUGGUAACAACAGUGAUACGAUGAAUGCUAAUAGUAGAACAGCUAAUGAUGGGAGUGAUGGUGGACAGGGAGGCAAUACCAAUGUUAAUGCGGGCGCGUUUGUACCUGGGAGCUCGAUGCACUACCCUGCAAUGAAUACGAGGCGUGGUCAAGGACAGCCCCGUAAAGUUUUGACGAUAACUCCACCGCCGCAAUAGGGGUUUGCCAGUCCGGUCGUGUUCGGUUGCAAAUCUUGACUCGACUCGCAGAAGGUUGUGAGUUAGUAGGGGGUGUUGAGAGUGGGAAAGUUUUUAUAUAAAUAUGCAAUGAUUAGUUUG